CCCCCAUCUCUUUGACGGAUGUUCCAAAGGAAUUUUCUAUUCAAAAAUUAUUCCAGUUAUUCCCCCAUCCACAACUAUCGUUCCAAAUCCAACCGUUCCUAGGCGAUAUUAAGCCGAUAGUUUUCCAAAUUUUGACACUGUCAGUGAAAAAAAAAAAUAACGACGAAAAAUCAGGAAAAUGGAAGCAGAAGCUGCCAACACAGAAAGAACUACCACGGGAAGGUUAAAGUGGACCACAAACAUGGAAUGUCUCCUAGUUGAUUUGUGGCAGGACAGCAUUGCUGAAUUGCGCGGUCCUAGAAAAAACUCGCAUAUAUACUUGGAGAUGGCCCAAUCCAUGAAAGAGGCUGGGUUCAAUAUUUCUUUCCGAGAUGUCAGGACCAAGCUUGAAAAUAUGACCAAGAAGUACAGAUUAGAAAAAAAUAAAAUAGGUCCAAGCGGCGGAACUCCUUCUUCCUGGCAGCAUUUCGACAAGGUGCACUCAUUUCUCGGCCCGUUUCGCAUACACAGCAUGGAGGCGAAUACUUUGGACAACGAGAAUGUUGAGGAAUACUUAGAGGAGACCAUUGAACUAAACCCCGAGAAUUCCGAAUCGCCAAGCUGUAGCGCUCGUGGGAUCUCUACCACCACAUCAGAAAUAUCUGUAAUCUCUGCCAGCGGUGCCUCUUCUGCAAAGCGGGCAAAGCAAGACCAUCUUGCCGAGCUUGUAGAGGUCGCUCGGGACAGACUAGAGCUCACAAGGGAGCAGCAGAAGUCCUACGACGAGCAUCAAAAAAACCAAACCGCAAUCCUUGAACGAGUUGCAAAAAGCCAGGAAAAAUUCCAAUCCGAACUACUUAAGUUCUUGAGAGAAUCAAAAUAAAAUUGUAUUUAAAAAUUUUUUAAGUAAUGAA